AAUGAGCUGACAGAGUCAAUCAAUCUGCUUCCUCCGUCUCUGCUUCAGUGCUUCAUACAGGAAAUCUAUUGCUGUGUCAAGUUCCAGAGAAGAGUUUCUUUCAUUCCAAGUUGCCAACCAGCCUCAGACACAGAGUUGAAGCAAGAGGCCAGAAGAAAAGGAGUGUCCUGCUGCAGAUGGGCUAAGAGGAUCCAGCACAGAGCAGCUGACCAGAGAGAGCCUCGCCAUGCCUGCAGUUCCUCUCAUACCUGUGUGGAGGCAAAGUACCAAGUAAAGGGCAGAAAGCAAGACAUCAGAAAUGCCCUGCACUUUGAGGACUUUUGGCCUAUGGCUUCUACUGAUUUUGACUGUCUCCUUAGUGGCUGAAACGAGAACUCUGGUUACACCAAGCAACGGAUUAAGGCCAAAAAUGAGCAAGGACAAUGACAGUGCAGCUUCAACCAACAGUUCACUUAUGGACAGACAACAGAAUAGUUUCAUACUUCCUGUGGAAGCUAACACUUCCCUGUCUGAACCUGUGAAUACAAAGGCUGUGCUCUCUUGCCCUCCGAUCACCCAGAAAGCUGUGCUGGUAACAAUAAGAUGGGAAAUAAUCCUCAGAGACAAGCCUUCCUGCACCAGAGCCUACAGGAGAGAUACAAAUGAGACCAGGGCCAUAAACUGUAGUGACGAGACAAUAUCCUGGGACUCCAGACCUGAUUGGAAUCCCGCCCUUCAGAUCAAUCCAGUGGCCAUCACUCAUGAUGGAUAUUACAGGUGUGAAGUGGUCACAACUCAUGGGCAUUUCUAUCAUGGAUAUCACCUGAAAGUGUUAGUGCCCCCCGACGUGACCCUGUUUCAACUUGAGAAUGGAACUAUCGUGUGUAGGGCAGCUGCAGGGAAGCCAGCGGCGCAGAUCUCCUGGACCCCAGGGGGAGAUUGUCACACUGUGGAAGAGCCACUGGGCAACGACACAGUGACCGUCCAGAGUUCGUGCCGCUGGGAGGACCACCGGGUGUCUAAUGUGUCCUGCUCUGUGUCCCAUCUGACUGGCAACAAGAGUCUGUCCGUUGAGAGGAAUUCAGGAGUCCAGUCAGUAGUAUACGUCAGAACUGUAUAUAUCAUCUUGCCUAUUUUGAUUAUCUUGGUCAUUGUGGGAUCCAUUUGCCUUUGGAAAAUCCGUGUCUGCAGAAAAUGCAAAUUAAAAAAAAGAGAAGCUAAUUCAGUUGUUGAGGAGGAUGAAAUGCAGCCCUAUGCCAGCUACACAGAGAAGAACAAUCCACUUUAUGAUACUGUGAGCCAGGUGAAGAGGUCUGACGUGUUACAAAAUGAAGCUGAUGGGCUGUGUCUCCAUACUUCAUACAUUACUGGAAUCUAGCACUAGGUCAAAUGAAGAAAGAUACAGUACAGCUACCAUGUUUAGUUUCUUGGUGUUCUACAAUGCAAAACCUAUUCUGAGAUUAGCUUUUCAAAGAUUCUGAGAAGAUAGAGACUUUUAAAGUGUGUGCUUCCAUAUCCUUACUUAUACAAUUGAUAUUUUAGAAUGUGAGCUGCUAUUAACUAGUCCUUUGAAGAACUGAUAUCAUUACAAAGAAAGCAAAUGCUCAUGAUAAAAUAUUCUAAUUGCUUAGUACAGUAGAUCAUGAAAACUGAGUUUCCUCAAGAAAGAACUCUGCAGAAGGAACAACCAUCAACAGCUUUUAUGUGUCCUCCAGAAAAUUUUGUGUACAUACAUAUGCUGAAGAGUGGCUGCACCAGCCUGCAUUCCCACCAGCAGUACAAAAGAGAUCCUCUUUCUCCGCACCCUCGCCAACAUCUGUUGUUGCCUGAGUUGUUAACGUUAGCCAUUCUGACAGGUGUGAGGUGGUAUCUCAUUGUGGUUUUGAUUUGCAUUUCCCUGAUGAUGAGUGAUGUUAAGCAUUUUUUCAU